AUGAUGCCAGCUGCCCUCCUCUCGCCUCUGGCUGCUGAGAACCCGAGACUGUUAAUUGAUGUUUUAGGCUUGAACUGGACGAUUCGAAAGCUAGAUGGGGGUGCACUCUGCACACAUAAGAUUAGCCAAGAGAGGGUGGCCAAAUUGUGGUCUGUGUUUACUUUGCAAGAGGGUGCAAGAAAGCGGGUCACACCUAUUCUUUAA